AUGGUCUCUAAAGCACUGGCUGCAGCUCUGCAGUCGAUUGCCGCAGGUCCUGCUGUGUCCAGAAACCAAAAAUACACUGACCUUCUUGCCCAACUGACGAGCGCGCCCUCUGCAUCGCCCGACGAAUACGCCGCGGACCUCAAUGCCUAUUUCGACUCGUUGCUCUCUUCGGCCCUCGGAAUCAUCUCUAUUCGUCCUCUUGUGGCCAGUCUCAUCGAUCGACUUGCUUCUGCUCCACCCGAAGUCAAGAUCAAAGUUGGGUCACACGUCACCGAAGCCUUACAAGGCCAGUUGGCUUCCUAUGAAGAGCAGGAUGCAAGAGUCAGAGAGAUACUAGCAGAUGGUUAUGAAGCAGAAGAGGAAUACACAGCGGCUGCAAAAGCACUACAAGGUGUUCACCUCGACACCACACAGCGUCAGGUCUCUGAUCGAGCCAAGGUUGAGAUCUGGAUCCGCAUUGUACGGUAUUACCUAGAGGAUGAUGACACUGUGGCGGCAGAAACGGCCUUGAACAAGAUCAAGAAUUCGGCCCCUGCGGCUCUCGUGCUGAGGGAUGCGCCUGACCUGAGACUGCACUACCAGUUGUCCCAGGCUCGUAUCUUGGAUUCCCGUCGAGAUUUCCUCAACGCCUCCACCGAGUAUCUCAACGUCUCCUUCAACACCAUGAUCGAUGACGAAGAAAAACGAAGAGCUCUGUCUGCAGCGAUCAAAACAGCUAUUCUCGCACCCGCCGGACCCCAGAGAAGCCGGACUCUUGCCAAGUUGUACAAGGAUGAAAGAUCGCCAGAGACAGAGGAGUAUGGCAUACUCGAAAACAUGUACUUGGAUCGUUUAUUGUCGGCGACUGAGGUGGAGGCAUUCGCAGCAACAUUGGCACCUCAUCAACUCGCGAAAACCGCCGACGGGAGCACGGUCUUGAGCAAGGCUGUCAUUGAGCACAAUCUCCUUGCUACCAGCCGGCUUUACAACAAUAUCACAACGGCAGCGCUUGCGCAAUUACUAGGUCUCAGGGAUGGCAGAGACGACACUGCCGCUGAAAAAGCCGAAGAUUACGCCGCUAAAAUGAUGGAGCAAGGGAGGCUGAGAGGGGAAAUCGAUCAGAUAGCUGGUGUCAUUCACUUCGAGACUGUCCCUGGCGUUGCACUGAGGGGACCGCUGCGUGAUCUCCGAGAAUGGGACCAGGGAGUGCAAGGACUGGUCGAAGACGUGGAGCGAUACGCGACAGGAAUUAGUGAGAGCUUCCCGGUAAGACUCCAAGCACGUUAA